UUCCCUCUCUCUUCAUGCGAGCAGAGCAGAGCGAGUCUGAAUGAGAGGAGGACUGAGACACAGACGUACGCAGACCCAGAGCACAGCAACUCCACAAAGACAAGAGAAGAAGAGUUUGCAAGGAGCAAAUAAGAGAACGAAAACAGCAAACUGUGGUGGAUAUCAAACCUACAUCAAAACAAAUCUACAGGAACAGAAAGGAUUUUUUUUUCCUUCACACAUAAGAGGAAUUAAUUAGCAUUGUUAUAUUUUUUUCUAUUUAUAUUCACCGCAUAUAUAAAAUAAUUCUAGAGGACUUGUGAGGUGUAGCAGGGCUCCUGGUUUUUGCAGAUAAAGGUAAAAAGUAGUAGGGUUUGGUGAAGAGGAGCAGGGUACAUUACUGAUGAAUAUGCCUGUUGGAGGUUGCUGUUCUGAGGCAGAUAUGGGCAGGCUGGCUGGACAGCCACUCUGGAUGUGGGUGGUGAUGCUCUCUGUCUUGCUCAUGGGUAAUGCUAGUGCCUGCCCAGCCCUAUGUACCUGCAGCGGCACCACAGUAGACUGCCAUGGACUGGGUCUCAAAACCAUGCCAAGGAAUAUCCCCCGCAACACUGAAAGACUGGAGCUGAAUGGGAAUAACCUCACACGUAUCACCAAAAGUGACUUUGCUGGGCUAAAGUACCUCCGAGUUCUGCAACUGAUGGAGAAUCACAUUACCGUGAUCGAGCGUGGGGCUUUUGAUGACAUGAAAGAGCUGGAGAGACUGCGGCUGAACCGUAAUCAACUGCAGCAGCUUCCUGAGUUGCUGUUUCAGAAGAACCCUGCCCUGUCUCGACUAGAUCUGAGCGAGAACCUAAUCCAGUCCAUCCCCAGAAAAGCAUUCAGAGGAGCUACAGACAUCAAGAACCUUCAGCUGGAUAAAAACCACAUCAGUUGCAUCGAGGACGGAGCCUUCAGAGCUAUGAGAGGCUUGGAAGUGCUAACACUGAACAACAACAACAUCAGCAGCAUCCCUGUCUCCAGCUUCAACCACAUGCCCAAACUCAGAACUUUCCGUCUCCACUCCAACAAUCUGAACUGUGAUUGUCACCUGGCCUGGUUGGCCCAGUGGCUCAGACAAAGGCCCACAAUUGGUCUGUUUACUCAGUGUACAGCCCCUCCUGAGCUCAGAGGACUCAAUGUGGCAGAGGUACAGAAACACGAAUUCAGCUGCUCAGGUCACCAGGAGUCUUCGGGCCUGCAGGCGUGCAGCAUCGGUGGAGGUUCUUGCCCUGCCAUGUGUACCUGCAGUAACAACAUUGUGGACUGUAGAGGGAAAGGUCUCACCGCCAUCCCAGCCAACCUGCCUGACAGCAUGGCCGAGAUACGUCUGGAGCAGAAUGGGAUUAAGUCUGUUCCUCCUGGAGCCUUCUCUCUCUACAAGAAACUGCGUAGGAUUGACCUGAGCAACAACCAGAUCUCAGAGAUAGCUCCUGAUGCCUUCCAGGGCUUGCGUUCCCUCAACUCCCUUGUGCUGUAUGGGAAUAAGAUCACUGACCUGCCCAAGGGGGUGUUUGAUGGCCUCUAUGCUCUACAACUGCUGUUGCUGAAUGCCAAUAAGAUUCAUUGUGUUCGUGCCAACGCCUUCCAGGACUUGCAGAAUCUCUCACUAUUAUCACUCUACGACAACAAGAUUCAAGCCCUUGCCAAGGGCACUUUCGCCUCCCUACGAGCUAUACAGACCCUCCACCUGGCCCAGAACCCAUUUAUUUGUGACUGUAAUCUGAAGUGGCUGGCAGACUACCUGCGAUCCAACCCCAUCGAGACCAGCGGCGCCCGUUGCGCCAGCCCUCGUCGUCUCGCAAACAAACGUAUUGGACAGAUCAAGAGCAAGAAAUUUCGCUGCUCUGCCAAAGAGCAGUACUUCAUUCCAGGCACAGAGGACACGCGUCUGAAUAAUGCCUGUAACAGUGAUCCAGUGUGUCCUCCCAAGUGUCGCUGUGAAUCCAGCGUAGUGGACUGCUCCAACCUGAAGCUCACCAAGAUCCCUGAGCAUAUCCCUGCAUCCACCACCGAACUCCGCCUUAACAACAAUGAGAUCACCACUCUGGAGGCAACGGGAGUUUUUAAGAACCUUUCCCAGCUGAAGAAAAUUAACCUCAGCAACAAUAAGAUCACAGAGAUUGAGGACGGGGCUUUUGAAGGUGCAUCGUCAGUCAAUGAACUUCACCUUACAGCCAAUCAAAUUGACACAGUCCGAAGUGACAUGUUCCGUGGCCUUGAUGGCCUGCGUAUGCUGAUGCUGAGGAACAACAAGAUCAGCUGUGUCCACAACAACAGUUUCACCGGGCUGCACAAUGUCCGCCUGCUGUCUCUGUAUGACAACCAGCUGACCACAAUCAGUCCUGGAGCCUUUGACACUCUGCAGACCCUCUCCACCCUCAACCUCUUAGCCAACUCUUUCAACUGUGACUGCCGGCUGUCCUGGCUUGGUGAUUGGCUGAGGAGUAGGAAAAUUGUGACAGGUAACCCUCGCUGUCAGCGUCCUGCCUUCCUGAAAGAGAUCCCUCUGCAGGAUGUAGCUCUGCCUGACUUCCGCUGUGAGGAGGGCCAAGAGGAGUCGAGCUGUGUACCCAGACCCCAGUGUCCUAAUGAAUGCACCUGCCUGGAGACUGUGGUGCGCUGCAGCAACAAGCACCUCCACACACUGCCCAAAGGCAUCCCCAGAAAUGUGACUGAACUGUAUCUGGAUGGAAACCAGUUCAGUGUUGUGCCAAAAGAAUUGUCUUCCUUCAAAUACUUGCAGCUGGUAGACCUUAGCAACAACAAGAUCAACUCCCUGACCAAUUCAUCUUUUGCUAACAUGAGCCAGCUCACUACUCUAAUCCUGAGCUACAACUCCUUGCGUUGUAUUCCAAAAAUGGCCUUUAGUGGACUGCACUCUCUCCGUCUGCUGUCUCUCCAUGGCAACGAAAUCUCAGAGCUCCCUGAUGGCAUCUUCAACGAUGUGUCCUCGCUUUCCCACUUGGCAAUUGGUGCCAACCCUCUGUAUUGUGACUGUCACCUGCGCUGGCUGUCAGACUGGGUGAAGACUGGUUACAAAGAGCCUGGCAUCGCCCGCUGUGCUGGCCCACAGGGCUUGGAAGGGAAACUGCUGCUCACCACACCUGCAAAGAAGUUUGAAUGUACAGGAGAUGUGGAUGCUGAGGUGCUGGCCAAGUGUAACCCCUGUCUGUCCAGUCCCUGCCUGAACCAAGGCAUCUGUCACAGCGACCUGGUGGAGAUCUACAGGUGCAGCUGUCCUCCAGGAUUCAAGGGCAAGAACUGUGAGACGGCUCUGAAUGCCUGCGUGAGUAACCCAUGUGCUAAUGGAGGAACCUGCCAAGUGAAUGAGGAUGAAGAUGGAGAAUUCAGUUGCACAUGUCCACUGGGCUUCGAGGGCUCCACUUGCCAAAUCAACAUCGACGACUGCGAAGACAAUGACUGUGAGAAUGGAGCAACCUGCAUCGAUGGAGUCAACAACUACACUUGUUUUUGUCCCCCUUAUUACACAGGCGAGAUGUGUGAAGAAAUCGAGGAUGUGUGUGCCCCAGGACGGAACCCCUGUCAACAUCAGUCUACCUGCCUCAUCACUGCAACUGGACCCCGGUGUAUGUGUUCUCCUGGUUAUGUUGGUGAUGACUGCAGUGUAGAUUAUAAUGACUGUGUGGAUCAUCGCUGUCAGUAUGGAGCUCAGUGUGUGGAUGAGUUAAAUGGAUACUCCUGCAUCUGUCCUGAGGGAUACAGUGGUCAGUUGUGUGAGAUUCCCCCACCUGCAGUGUCCCUGUGUGAGCUGACUGACUGUCAGAACAAUGCUCCGUGUGUUGAGCGAGGAGGGCGUGCCCUCUGCCAGUGUCCUCCAGAGUUCGGGGGCCCACACUGUGAGAAGCUAGUCAGCGUCAACUUUAUUGACAGAGACUCCUAUCUACUGCUCUCUGACCUGAAGAACUGGCCACAAGCUAACAUCACUCUACAGGUGUCAACAGCUGAAGAUAAUGGUAUCCUGCUAUACAAUGGAGACAAUGACCAUAUUGCAGUCGAGCUCUUCCAAGGUCAUGUGAAGGUCAGCUAUGACCCUGGCAGCCAGCCAGGACAUGCCAUCUACAGUACGGAGACUAUCAACGACGGCCAGUUCCACACAGUGGAGCUGGUGACCUUCGACCAGAUGGUUAACCUGUCCAUUGACGGGGGUCUCCCUACCACAAUGGACAGCUUUGGGGCGGUGCGGCCCCUCAACGGGGAGGCUCCGCUAUACGUGGGGGGCAUGCCAGUGGAUGUACACUCGGGCACCUUCCGUCUCUGGCAGAUCCAGAACGGUUCCAGUUUCCAUGGCUGUAUCCAGAAUCUGUACAUCAACAAUGAGCUCCAGGACUUCACCAAAACCCAGAUGAAGCCUGGUGUGGUACCGGGCUGUGAGCCCUGCAAGAAGAUCUACUGCCUGCAUGGCAUCUGCCAGCCCGAUGGGGUCCAGGGCCCAGUGUGUCACUGCCAGCCAGGCUGGAGCGGGCCACACUGUGACCAACCUACUAACAGCCCCUGCCAUGGAAGCAAGUGCGUCCAUGGAAAGUGCAUCCCACUGGACGCUCAGUCGUACCGCUGCGAGUGCAUGGAAGGCUAUCGUGGUGCACUGUGUAACCAGCAUGGGGAGCUGUUCAACCCCUGCCGUCGCCUGUCCUGCAAACAUGGUCGCUGCCAGAUCUCAGACACAGGAGAUGCCUACUGUCACUGUGAGAGUGGCUACACUGGGCAACUUUGUGACACAGAAUGCCGAGGGGAGCCUGUGCGAGACUUUUACCAGGUACAGCGAGGCUACACGAUCUGCCAGACAACACGCAUGAUUUCUUGGGUAGAGUGCACCGGAGCUUGCAAAACAGGGGCUUGCUGUGCCAGCCAGCGAAUGAAACGUCGGAAAUAUACCUUUGAGUGCAGUGACGGGACCUCUUUCAGCGAGGAAGUGGAAAAGACCAUCAAGUGUGGCUGCGUGGGCUGCAUGUAGCAGCAUUCGCUCACAUUUCCUGCCACUGUUGUGGAGCAGAAGAAAGGAAGGAAGGAAGAGAGUGGACUGGAGAAAAGCAAGGGAGGGAAAGAAAGAGAGAUUAUAAAGAAUAUAUAUAAAACCUAUCUAUAUAUUAUGGACAACAAUGUUUGUAAAAUAGGACAUUUCCUCCCCUUUCAAGGGUGUGUGACCUACAGUAACACAGAGAAACCAACACCAUGAGCAACAGAGAAGUGACAGCAGCAGCAACAAAACCACUGUACUUGCAACAUUGUUCCAAGGGGUCCAGAGAUUUCCAAAGUAUCCCUCCAAUCCAAAUUCACUGGAGUUAAUUCCCCAUCCAUCUGUGAAGCCUCUGGCAGCUUAGCCACCAUCUACCACCUCUUCUUUGUGGAGGCAGUGAGGGCAGUGUGGUCCAGUCUGGCUAAGAACGGCAGGAGAAAGACAAAAAAAGAGAGAAACACAGCAAUAAGAAGAGAACUGGACCACUUGAUGUGGCAAAGCUACCUUGAGGUGAGCUUGGCUGGGUUACCUGGACUGGCCUUGAAUAUGGUUUGGGUUGAGUUAAAGUCGAUGUCGGUUUGGUGUAGCAAUUGCUCCGCCAGGGAUACAGUCAUUCAUCCAUGCAUGCACAUGUAGAAACAAACAAAGAACAGUUAGUGUCAGAGCGGCACAUAGUCCAGUGCGGAUGUCGCGGCUUCGAGGGCAGGGGGUCAGGUGUCACAGUAGUUUGCUGUGAGUUAUAGUAACAUAGGUUCUCCAAAAAAAAAAAAAAA